UAAGGCAACGCCUUGACUCAGUCGAUCAAAACAAUCGCGAUCAUGAAGUCUUUCGUGGAAUAUUCCCCAGACAGUGAUUUCCCGAUUGAAAAUCUUCCUUACGGUGUCUUCUCUACAACAAUCAACCCUCAAAAGAGAAUAGGAGUAGCGAUAGGCAACGAAAUUUUAGACCUAGCCGCUGUUUCGUAUCUAUUCGAUGGACCAAUAUUAAAAAAUCAUCCAGAUGUAUUCCGCCGCGAUUGUCUCAACGAUUUUAUGGCCCUAGGAAGACCAGCCUGGGUAGAAGCCAGGAGCAAACUUCAAGACUUGCUAUCAGCUAGUAAUCCAACUUUGCAGGAGGCAAAUAUUCGUUCGAAAGUAUUUGUGAAGCAGAAUGAUGCAACGAUGCAUCUACCAGCAAAGAUCGGCGAUUAUACUGACUUCUACUCCUCCAUUCAUCACGCCAGAAACGUGGGCAUCAUGUUUCGUGGAAAAGAGAAUCCUCUGAUGCCAAACUGGAAACAUUUACCAGUUGGUUACCAUGGAAGGGCUAGCUCAGUCGUCGUUUCUGGCACGCCGAUAAGAAGACCACGUGGUCAGACACUUCCGGUAGACAGAAAAGAUCCUGUUUUUGGCCCUUCUGAAUUAAUGGAUUUCGAAUUGGAGGUAGCUUUCUUUAUAGGAGGACCUCCUACAAAUUUGGGUGACACCGUACGAGCAUCUGAAGCUUAUGAUCACAUUUUUGGCAUGGUCACCAUGAACGAUUGGAGUGCCAGGGACAUUCAGAAAUGGGAAUACGUUCCAUUGGGUCCCUUCUGUGCAAAGAACUUCGGGACCACCAUUUCCCCAUGGGUAGUCACCAUGGAGGCUCUGGAGCCUUUCAAAGUACCCGAGGCAUCCCAAACGCCAGUCGUCUUUCCUUACUUACGGUACGACGAAUGUUGCAACUUUGAUAUUAAACUGGAAGUCGACAUCAAACCUGAAAAUGGUAUCGCCAGCACAGUCUGUCGCAGCAACUAUAAAUUCCAAUACUGGACACCCCCGCAACAAUUAGCUCACCACACCGUAACCGGAUGCAAUAUCAAUCCAGGUGACUUAAUGGCUUCCGGUACGAUAAGUGGCAUGGAUACCGAUUCUUAUGGUUCCAUGCUCGAGCUCUCUUGGAACGGCACUCGUGACGUACCGUUAAAGGAUGGGACCAACCGGAAGUUCUUGCAAGAUGGUGACGAAGUGAUUAUUCGCGGUUACUGUGUCGGUAAUGGCUAUAGAAUUGGAUUUGGACCGUGUUCAGGAAAAUUGUUACCUGCCUAUACAGAAUGA